AUGCCUUACCCUCACCCACCUGAGAGCUUUGGGAAGGAGCGGCGGCAACAAGGAAGGCGUCGUGCUCCGUCGGAUGAUGGGGAUCUAGCAGCAGUGUGCCCAUGUGAGAUGGUUGGGAAGGUGAAGGGAGAAGGAAGAGCAGUGGAAGGGAAGAACCCCGUGCGGUUGCAAAUUGUCAACAACGAUAUGCUAAUUUCCUCUUCCGCCGCCAGCACCAGCAGAGUCGAGGUUCGCUCCGUGUGGGCUCAUAACCUCGACGAGGAGUUUUCCCUCAUCCGUUCCGCCCUCCCGUUCCACCCCUUCGUAGCAUUGGACACCGAGUAUCCUGGCGUCGUCGUCACUUCCAAAGGUCCCUACUGCACCCUCACCCUCCCCCAGCGCUACGACUUGAUCCGGGCCAACGUCGAGGCCCUCCGCAUCGUCCAGGUUGGUCUCACUCUCUCCGACGCUGCCGGCAACCUCCCAUGUGACCUUUACAGUGACGGCACUUAUGUGCGUUACGUGUGGGAAUUUAAUUUCCGCGACUUCGACAUCAGCCGCGACCGUUACGCCCCUUCCUCCGUCGAGCUGCUCAAGGCUAAUGGCAUCGACUUCCAAAAGAAUCAAAUAUGGGGCAUCGACUCUUGCAGAUUCGCCCAGCACUUGGCCACCUCCGGCUUGCUUUCCUUUGGCCACUUUUCUCCCGUCUCCUGGGUUACCUUCCAAGGCGCCUAUGACUUCGCGUUCCUAGUGAAGAUGCUGACAUGCGACUAUGAAUUACCAAAGACCGUUCGUGAGUUCUUGCACCUUGUUCACUUCUUUUUCGGCAAAAGGGUGUUCGAUGUGAAGCACCUUAGCAAGCAUUGUCGUGGGCUUUACGGAGGAUUGGAGCGGGUGGCCUCUACCGUCCAAGUUGAGCGAGCAGUGGGAUCUCGACAUCAGUCCGGCUCCGAUAGCUUAUUAACAUGGCAGGUGUUCUACCAAAUCGCUUCUCGUGUGAAUCCACAACUCAUCGAUCGUCCAGAACACAUGGGAGCACUCUUUGACCUCGAACUCCAAUAG